ACGAUGGUGUAAAUAUACUCGUGGUAAUUGUGGGCCCCUCGGAACCGCAUCCCAAAAUUAUCUGGCGGCUUAAAAUAUUGCAUCUAUAUUUAAACAAUCUAUUAUUAUCCUAUUGAACUUCGUGUUUCUGGAGAAAUCUCUGUUGCAGAAAGGAGGAGCAAGUGGAGUUUGCAUGCGCGAGGAGGGGACAAGAAUUCAGUUCUCUUUAUGUUUCAGUCCUCCCUUUAUGGCACUUGUGUGUGCUAGUUGCCAAUUAUCUUAACUGAUUGGAUUACAUCAUAAUUCGUUGUCCUACUAUCUGUCGUAAGCCGCUGAUGUUGCAAAUAAGAAACCAUGGCAGUCUGCGUUCCGCUUUGAAAUAACAAAAAUAUAGCAGAUACAAAUUGGAAGCCAUGAGUGAAGAGUGGUGUAAAAGCAAAUGCCGAUGCAGCUGUACUUGCACAUGGUACAAGGAUUUACUAGUGGGAAAAACAUCCAAGAAAUCACCUCUCUUAAGGAGAAUGAUAUUACUGAUUUUCACAGCAUUACUUGGGAUUUAUAUAUGCUUUAUUUGCAUUAAGCAAAGUAAUACAGAUGUUAAAACCAAAUAUGUACUUCCUCAUCAAAAGAAAAUGAAAGAUCACUCCUGUCAGAUAUCACCUGCAGUGUCACAGGAAAAUGUAUAUAUACACUAUCCCCAACCAAGAACAUAUAAUAGGAAGGAAUGUGCUUGUACACCAGUGCAAUUCUUUGCCAUUUUAUCCAUGCAAAGAUCUGGAAGUGGGUGGUUUGAAACAUUAUUGAAUAGCCAUCCAAAUAUUAGUUCAAAUGGAGAGGUAUUUUCAGUGAAAGAAAGAAGAAAAAAUGUUUUGACAAUAUUGCAAACACUGGAUAAUGUUUAUAAUAUGGAUUGGUCCAGUAGUGCUGCGAAGAAUGAAUGUUCAGCUGCAAUAGGGCUUAAAUGGAUGCUUAAUCAGGGUGUGAUGGAAUACAACAGGGAAAUAGUUGAUUAUUUCAAUAGAAAAGGUGUAUCUGUCAUCUUACUGUUCAGGCGUAAUAUUUUGCGACGACUGGUCUCUGUGCUGGCUAAUGCUUACGAUCGUGAAACAAAGCAGUUGAAUGGCACACACAAAUCACAUGUGCAUUCAAAGCAAGAGGCAGAUUUGUUAGCAACAUAUAAGCCAGUGAUCAAUGUUACAUUUUUGCUGGCUAACCUGAAACGAAUUGAGGAGGUGUCUCGAGAUGCUCUGAACUUUUUCAAAAGUACACGUCAUAUAGUAUUAUAUUACGAAGAAUUAAUCAGUAACCCAAAGAAAGCGAUGGAAGUACAAGAGUUUUUAAACGUAUCAUCAAGGAAAUUGGAGAGCCAGCAGGUUAAAAUUCAUACUAGGGCCCUUUCGGACCAAGUCCAGAAUUGGAAUGAAGUGUGCAAAAAGCUCAAAGGAACAGAAUAUGAAAUCUUUCUAAACGAGUCAGAUUAUGUUUGAUUCAAUGCAGCAAUCAGUGUUCAACUUUAAACCAGCCAGCAGUUUAAAAUUCGUACUCUGGCCCUUCCAGACCAAGUCCAGAAUUGGAAUGAGUUGUGCAAAAAGCUGAAGGGAACAGAUUAUGAGAUUUACUAAAUGAGUCGGAUUAUUUUUGAUUCAAUGCAGCAAACAGUGUUCAACUUCAAACCUUCUCUAGUCUCUCAGACGGUGUAAAUUAGAUUCAUUCAUUUCUUGAGAUAGAAUAGUCCAGGGAUUGGAUAUUCAUUCAUGCUUAUAUUUAUUUAGAGUAUCAGCUCACAAUGGUCAGUAUUUCAUGACUGAAAUGUGCUUUACAGCUUAAGCUUUAUUUCACAUUUCAGAUUGGGAUGGUACUCACCAUUUUCUUUUUGUAAUGUAAAUCUUUAAUGUGCUUACUAACAAGUAUGAUUAUUUCCUCCUAAAUAUAAUUCUAUUUAUGCACUGAGCAGCAUUUGCCAGUUCAAA